AUGGUUCGAUGGCAUACUGAUCCGCUAGUACUACUUCAUACUCUGGAAGUUGGUUUUAUCGAAACUGUUAGAUCUGCUUUCGUUCUUUCGCACAUGUAUGACUCUGCUAUCCCGCCUCUUGACCGAAGGGCCAACCCACCUCACACGCCCACUUUCUUUCGUGGUCAGGAAGAUGCAAAUUGCAAAAACCUUCGACCUGAAAAACAUAGAUGGAGUGUUCGGUCCUGCACACUCUUGGUCAGCUUCAACAAAAGGUCCCCUCCCCAUUUCAUCGGCCGGAGACGACGGAGAGAAUCUGCGACGGAAGCAAAACCGGAUCCAUUGUGGAGGAUAGGGAUGAAGAGAUUUGCGGUGCUUCUUUGCGCAGAAGAUUCCGAGUACGUGAAAAUCAAGUACGGAGGAUAUUUUGGAGUGUUCGUCAGAAUGUUGGGCGAAGAAGGCGAGGCUUGGGACCUUUUCCGUGUGGCCUCCGGCGAGUUUCCGACCGACGAUCAGAUCUCCGCCUACGACGGCUUUGUGAUCACCGGCAGCUGCAACGACGCCCAUGGCGACGAUCCUUGGGUCCGCCGAUUGAUCGUUUUGUUGCAGAGAUUGGCGUGCUUAAACAAGCGAAUCCUCGGCAUUUGCUUCGGCCAUCAGAUACUGGGACGUGCUUUGGGGGGAAAAACGGGCAGGGGGAGAUCUGGAUGGGACAUUGGGAUCACAACCGUACACGUGUCGUCAUCUAACAAGCUCUUCUCAUCCCUCAAAAUACCCACGGCACUCUCUGUGAUCGAAUGUCAUCGCGAUGAGAUCUAUGAGCUUCCGACCAAGGCCGAAGUGAUUGGGCGGUCAGAUAAGUAUGGCAUAGAAAUGUUCAAAUAUGGAGAUCAUAUCCUAGGCAUUCAAGGCCAUCCCGAGUACACCAAAGACAUUCUCCUACAUCUAAUUGACCGCCUUGUCUUACGAAAACUCAUCACGGAUGAGUUUGGUGAGGAGAUGAGGAGCAAUUUGGAAGAAGGUGAAGCAGAUAGGGAAGCAUGGAAGAGGCUUUGCAUCAACUUUCUCAAGGGUGGGUUGUGAUUUUAGAGAAACAAAAAUGGAAGUUGUGUAGCAUCGGACUUAGAUUUAAUGUGUGAAUGCUAAUCAUAUGAGCUAUGUAAACUUAGAUUUAGGAGCCAAUUCCUCCUAUAUUACACACUUAUAUGAGUAGUAAUUAUCUAAUAUAAGGUUAAGAAGCCUUAACCUAUCUUUCGUAUCU